AUUCAAGGUCAUCGUCAUCUGCAACCAUGAAAUUUGCUAGCGCUGUCGCCACCCUUUCGUCGUUGGCUCUGUGGUCACACUCCGUGGAAGGUCACGGCCGUCUGGUAUCGCCCCCUCACCGUGGGUACAUUGGCAAGCUUCCAGCGUUCCAAGGCUUAGUGCCUGUCAACUACGACGACGAUGGCCUCAGUGCUGGCGGCAUUGGCGGUACACAAGGGGGCAAGCAUGGUGUGUGUGGGGACCCGUACACGGGGGUUCGCGAACACGAAACGGGCGGCAAGUACGGCUUGUUUCCCGUGCACGGCAACCGUGUGAUUGGCAAGUGUUAUGCCCCCGGUGCCGCUAUCGAUUUGACCGUCGAAAUCACGGCCAACCACUGGGGCCACUUUGAGUUUCAACUGUGCAAACUUGGCACGAAGGACGCCAAGGAAACCGAAGAGUGCUUCCAAAACUUGGUCCAGGCCAAUGGCCAAAAGGACUGGGAAGUGCCCCGCGUCGGCAAGGCCACGUUCAACAUGCAGUACAAACUGCCCGCCGCCGUGACCUGCGAAGGCGACGCCCACUGUGUCCUGCGGUGGUGGUACAUCUCAGGCAACAACCCCGGCGGUCUCAACGCCCAAGAGCAAUUCUGGAACUGUGCCGACAUUUACAUUAGUAACACGUGCGGCGCCCCCGCGCCCCCGACUGCUCUUCCGAUCACGUCGACGGCCGCUCCUGUCACGACCGCCAAGCCCACAAUCACCACCACCACGGCCCCCCAGCCAACUACCGCUGCCCCCAAGCCCCCGACGGCUGCCCCGGCUACUACGCCUGCCGCUCCCGUAACUACGCCGACUGGCCCUAUCACGGCUGGCCCUACGCCGGCCCCCCCCGUUGGCGCGUGCGGUUCUUGCACCAACUGCUACUACGCCCCCACGAACGCGUGCUUCAGCGGAUGGACCAAGGAAGUGUGUGCGUCCGUGAGCUCGUUCCAAUGGUGCGGUCCUUAGGUUACACCGUCGUUUGAAUGGGUCGCGAUGUACCAACCAACGGUCGUGAGAUAUGCGUAACUUUAUAUGACACGUUUUUUGUCGUGAUUACCAAAACUUCUGUUACCACAUCACUUUUGAUCGCACACUACACAAAAGGAAGUCUGUGAUCAGUUGAUCAGUGUACCCCCC